AUGGACCCCCACCCCCUCCCAACCUACCUCUCCAAAGUCCUUGCCCUCUCCCCGCCGCAGUCGACGCACCCGCCCUCCACCCUUACCGGGCCCCUGACGUCUCACACCGGGCUUGCCUAUCUCUUCCUCGCCGUCUCCGCCGACCACCCGCGGCUGCAGGUCCACUCCUACCCGGCCAUCCACUGGGCCCGCGCCUACAUCUCCAACAUCCCGACGCCCUCCGCGCCGAUUACCCCGUUCGCUCCCGGCGGCGACGACGACAGACCCAGCCCCGCCGUCCCCGCCGUCCUAGGUCUCCUAUCCGACGCCCUCGCCGGCCCCGCUGUCCGUGCCUGUGUCACAAAGGACCUCGCCCAUGUGCGUGUCUUCCUCGCCCUCCUCGCCCCGGUCGUGGAAUACAUCCUCCGCGUACCAACGGCCGCCGCAGGGUCAUCAUCACCAUUCCCCGCCGCGGCCCUCCACGCGCCUUUGCCUCUGCCACCGCUGCCAACGUGCCUCCUUCACGGCCUCGCGGGAACGCUCUACCUCCUCCGCCUGAUCCGGCACUGGGUUCCCUCCUCCGCCCCCCUCGUCUCCCGCACCAUAGUCCACGUCUCGGAUUACCUCCUCUCACCCUCUACCCCGUGGACCUGUCCCUCGCCCUCGUCCUCGCCCGCGGACCGCCACGGCGUAUCGCACGGCGUCCUUGGCACCCUAACCCAGCUCGUCCUCACGACUCCGCCCCUCGCGCCCUCCCUCGCCCCGCGCCUCUCCGCCCUGCUGGACCUCCAACUCCCCGACGGCGACUGGCCCUCGCCGCGAGAUCAGCAACAGCAGCACCAUCACGACGACGGCGUACCCCCCGAAACGCACGCAUCCGCCCCCUCAGGGGGCGUCGGCUUCGCCUCCGGGCCGCAGGGUCUUGUCAUCUCCCUCCUCUCGUUGCGCCCUUUCUUCCCGGCCCUGCAGGACCGCAUCGACGAGGCCGUCCAUCGCGCGCGUGAGUUUCUCUGGGCGCGGGUGCAGGAUCCCGGGUCGUCGAGGGAGGCCAACCUUUUUCGCGGCGUGCUGGGCACCGCGCUAGCCUUCCCGAAAGGACCCCAGAGGAUCCGCUUCCUCGCCCUCGCGGCAUCCCCCUCCCCGCCGCCGGAAACGCAGCCCUCCUCUUCCACCACCACUGCGUUCACAACGUCGACGGCAGCAGAAGUAGCAGCAGCAGCAGCAGGAGUGGCGGCGACGCCGGGGUCCCUGAUGACGUCCCCCUCCCCUGGCUCCGCGUGGGCGCACUCCGUCAGCGAGAGGGAGCUGCCGCGCAUGAUCCUUUACAACGACAUGUGA